AUGUCCCAAGCAGUGCCCCUCCUUCGCCCACCCGUCCCAGGCGGCCGCUCCCAGGGCGGUGGCCGCACAGCACCGCGUCUGGGCCUCUCCAUCCCGGCCUCGCCAAAUGCGAGGCCAGUAACCAACGGCACAAAUGAAGUCCAGCCGAGCUUAUCGCGGCCCAUGCCGCCAGCUCUCCGCCUCGCCACGCCCAUGGGCUCCAACACCACACCACAAGAAGGCCGACGAGCCCUGCCACCACUGCGAAUCGGUACCGGGUCGUCAGCAGGGGGUUCGAGUGAUGCGAGCGCUGAUUCGAGGUCGGGCAGCAUGGGCGAGAUGCAGGCAAAUGGGUCGGCAUCGUCAUAUCAGGCCACGCUAGGAUUCCCAGGUCUGCAGACGGGUACCGAUCCCAUCUCUGCGAUAUCACAAGGAGGAAGCGAAGGUGCCCCGUCAAUGGAGCGGGAGAACAGCAGCCAGCCACUGCCAGAUCUAGACGCCAUGGCUGCUGACCUUGGACGGCCGCUGGAAGUCGACGAUCUAGACGAGGCCGGAUGGAAAGCCGCAAGUGGACGGGGGAUGAUAGAAGAGCUGGGAAGCCUGGGUGAGGGUGCCGGCGGUGCUGUAACGAAGAGCAGACUCAAGGGCGGGAAGACCACUUUUGCGCUCAAGAUCAUCACCACGGACCCCAACCCCGAGGUCAAGAAGCAGAUCGUACGAGAACUGUCAUUCAACAAGAACUGCGCGAGCGAACACAUCUGCAAAUACUACGGAGCCUUUGUCGACGACAGCACUGGUACCAUUAGCAUCGCCAUGGAGUUCUGCGAGGGCGGCUCACUCGACGCCGUGUACCGCGAAGUCAAGAAACUGGGCGGUCGCACCGGCGAAAAGGUUCUCGGCAAAGUGGCCGAGGGCGUGCUCAAUGGUCUCACAUAUCUACAUUCCCACCGCAUUAUUCACCGAGACAUCAAGCCAAGCAACAUUCUCCUUUGCCGGAAUGGUCAAGUCAAGCUUUGCGAUUUCGGUGUGUCUGGAGAGUUUGGAACCAAAGGCGACGCCAACACAUUCAUUGGCACAUCGUACUACAUGGCACCCGAGCGCAUCACUGGACAGAGCUACACCAUCACAAGUGAUGUGUGGAGCUUGGGUGUGACUCUACUUGAAGUUGCACAGCAUCGAUUCCCAUUCCCGGCGGACGGCACGGAGAUGCAACCCCGUGCUGGUCUCAUCGAUCUGCUCACAUACAUUGUUCGACAACCAAUCCCGAAACUCAAGGAUGAGCCCGAAGCUGGUAUCAAGUGGACAGAGAAUUUCAAAUACUUCAUCGAGUGCUGUCUCGAGAAAGAAUGCCCGCGGAGAGCGACACCAUGGCGUAUGCUCGAACACCCUUGGAUGGUGGAGAUGAAGUCAAAGAAAGUCAACAUGGCACAUUUCCUCAAGCAGGUGUGGGACUGGCAAGACUAA